AUGGCCGCCACCCAGACGUUCGCCAUCUUCGGGUUGAUGACGCUCAACCUGGGUUGUCUCCUCCUGGCUCUCUACGUCUUCGUCCCGUCCACGCGGGGCAGCAGGGAGGCGGGGCUAGGGGCGGCCGUCAGCUUGUUAGUCGCAGCCGCUAGCUGGCUGAUUGCCGUGUGCGUGUUUGGAGCGUACGCUGACCGUCAGAAGGGCAGUGACCCCGGCAAGUUGGGCUUCUCGUUUGGUCUGGCGAUCGUCGCCCUCAUCCUGUCGCUGGCAGCUGGGGUCAUGGUGCUGGUCACCUGCUGCAAGGGUGGCUCGGUGGGCUCCAAGUAGAUGACAUCUACAUGACAGGUGACAUCUACAUGACAGGUGACAUCUACAUGACAGGUGACAUCUACAUGACAUAGGACAUCUACAUGACAGGUGACAUCUACAUGACAGGUGACAUCUACAUGACAGGUGACAUCUACAUGACAUAGGACAUCUACAUGACAGGUGACAUCCACAUGACAGAUGACAUCUACAUGAUAGAUGGCAUCUACAUGACAUAUGGUAUCUACAUGACACAUGACAUCUACAUGUCAGAUGACAUCAACAUGACAGAUGACAUCUACAUGACAGAUGGCAUCUACAUGACAUAUGGUAUCUACAUGACAGAUGACAUUUACAUGACAGGUGACAUCUAGAUGACAGAUGGCAUCAGCAUGAAAUGUAUACGACAGGUGACAUCUACAUGACAGAUGACAUCUACAUGACAGGUGACAUCUACAUGACAGAUGACAUAUACAUGUCAGAUGACAUCUACAAGUCAGAUGACAUUUACAUCACAUUUGAGAUCUACAUGUAGAUGACAGUGACGUCGCAGCGUGAAGAGAUCUGCAUGACAAAAAACAAUCCUGAAAUGUCAUCAAUAACAGAGAUGAUAUACCAUAAGAUACCCUAUAAAACCCUGAGAGAAUUGAAAGAAAUGUAAAUCCUUGUAUCACGUGGUGUCCUUACUGAUAUCAUUCAUGUAUCACGUGAUGUCCAUACUGAUAUCAUUCAUGUAUAUAUUGGGGAGUUUAAAUAAAAUAUGAUCAAAAGUUUUUUUGUUUUGUCCUCUCAAACAAUUUUUACUUAACUUUUUUUUUAACCCAGCAAUUUUGGGAGAUGUUGGACUGACAGUGUGAUGUUUUGGGAGAUGUUCAACUGACAGUGUGA